CAAUCAACGAGAAGUUUAGAGAAAGUGAAACUGGUAUACCAACAACAUAAACGCCUGACACGACAAAACAUAUUUGAUACUACAGAGUUUUUAAUGAGCUGUUCAAAAACUCGAGGACACAUUUGAUACGGCAAGGUACAGAAAUGGCAGAAUCUUUACCAACAUCGACAAAAGGAAAAGCAGCUAGGAGAAGGAGCAUAGAUGAUCCUCCAUGGAUGUCCUCUUCCAGUGGUCCACUGUCUGAGGAGCUUCGGUGCUCUAUAUGUCUGGAGGUGUUCACUGAUCCGGUCAGCACUCCAUGUGGACACAACUUCUGCAAGAGCUGUCUGAAUAAGUACUGGAACAACAGCCAGACCUGCAGCUGUCCAAACUGUAAAGAAACAUUCACACAGAGACCUGAUCUCAAGAUUAACACCACACUCAGAGAGAUCUCAGAGCACUAUAAAGAGAAAAGGCCUGAGGAAAAGGCUGAAGUUGUGUGUGACAUGUGUGAGGGCAGAAAGCUGAAAGCCCUGAAAUCGUGUCUGGUGUGUCAGAUUUCUUACUGUCAAACUCACCUGGAGCCUCAUUCGAGAAUAGCAGGUUUAAAGAAACACAAACUGAUGGAUCCUGUGAGGAAUCUGGAGGACUAUAUAUGUCAGAAACACGACAGACCUCUGGAGCUCUUCUGUAGAGAUGAUCAGCAAAUCAUCUGUGUGUCCUGCACUGAUGGAGAUCACAGGAACCACAACACAGUUUCUUUAGAAAAGACUGAGUUGAUGAUCCAAGACACAGAGCAGAUGAUCCAGGAUAGAAUCAAGAGGAUUCAACACAUCAAACACUCAGCAGCAGACAGAAAAAUAUACUCAGAGAAGGAGAAAGCAGCUCAUGUGGAGAUCUUCACUGAUCUGAUCCGCUCCAUUGAGGGAUGUCAGAUUGAACUGCUGGAGAUGAUGGAGGAGCAGCAGAAAGCAGCAGAGAAACAGGAGGAAGAGCUGAUUGAAGAGCUGGAGCAGGAGAUCACUAAGCUGAAGAUGAGAAACACUAAACUGCAGCAGAUUUCACACACUGAGGAUCUCCUACAGAUUUACUCAUCCCUGCAGUGCAGACCUGCAGACACCAGGAACUGGCCUGAGAUCAGUGUGAAGACUCAGGAGAAUCUGGAGGAUCUGAGAGGAGCUUUAAAUCAGCUGAAGGACACUGUAGGGGAGAAACUUACACAAAUCGAGCUGAAGUGGAUGCAGCAGUAUGCAGUGGAUGUGACUCUGGAUCCUGAUACAGCUCAUCCUAAACUCAUCCUGUCUGAUGAUGGAAAACAAGUAAAACAUGGAGACAUCAGACAGAAACUCCCAAACAAACCACAGAGAUUUGAUAGAUAUGCAAUGGUUCUGGGAAAGGAGGGAUUCUCCUCAGGGAGAUUUUAUUUUGAGGUGCAGGUGAAGGGAAAGACUAAAUGGGAUUUAGGAGUGGUCAGAGAAUCUGUAGACAGGAAGGGAAAGAUCACACUGAGACCCAGUGAUGGAUUCUGGACUGUGUGUUUGAGGAAUGGGAAUCAAUAUAAAGCCGGUGCUGAUUCUCCUGUCUCUCUGUCUCUGAAAGUGAAGCUGCAGCGGGUCGGUGUGUUUGUGGAUUAUGAGGAGGGUUUGGUCUCCUUUUAUGAUGUGGAGUCCAGCUCUCAUAUCUACUCUUUCACUGGUCAGACUUUCACUGAUAAACUCUAUCCAUAUUUCAGCCCAGAAGAUAAUGAUGACGGUAAAAACUCAGCUCCUCUAAUCAUCACACCUGUAAGUAGUAAAUGAAUUUACACCACUGAUGAAACUUGACAAAAUAACGAUUUAUAUGAUUCAUGUUUGAUAAUGUUAAACAUCUUCGUGCUGCAAUUUAAAUCCCUCAUUUAUAUUUUGUAGAAAUGUGUUGUAUUUAGCUGGAUAUUUUAAACGUACCAAAAUCCUAUGUAAAAAUUCUCCAUUAUCUACAAGACAGAGAAAACCAUGUAAAUAUUGAAAGUUUGCUUAAACUGUAAGUAAAUAAAGACACAUUGAGUCAUAAAUGGAUCAAA